AUUUGAUAAAAAUACAAAUAUUUAAAUCUUUACUUUAACUAUGGCUUUGUCAAAUAGUACUUUAAAACAACAACAACAACAACAACAACAGCAGCAAGUACAACCUACCAUAAAAAAACGUUCAAAAAUAUCAAAAAGAGAGUUAGAAACUUUGAACGAUAAUAAUAGUAAACGAGCAAGAAGAGAUUUACCAAAAUGUCCAAUUUGUGAAUAUCGCAUUGAGCCUGAAUAUUGGGCUGAACAUUACCAAUAUGAAUUAAACCGUUUGUCAGAACCAACAUCAGAAGCUUAUUUAGAUCCAUUAAACAAAAAUAAAGGGAAACGAGGUGCGGCAGUGAUGGCAAGGAAACAAUUAGAAGGCAAAGGUAAAAAAAAAGCAAGUCAAAUGUCAGUUCAUGAAGAAAUAGUUGAAAAGAUAAAAAAGAAUCGCUCAAAGAGAGCAGAACGUUUAAAACAAAUAAACAAUUUGGAUAUAAGAGGUUUAGAUGAUGACAAUACAGUAGACGAUUCUCAAAUGGCACUUCAAGUCAUGUUACAAGAGGGUUCUGAUAUACAAACUUGCUUUAUUUGUAACGAGCAGCUUUUUGGUGACCUUGAAGCUAUUAAUCUUCAUAUUGAUAAUUGUUUAUCGAAUUCAAACGCUGCUGCUGCUGUUGCUGCUACAGAAGAAACAACAGAGGAAGCCAAUCUGACGAAUGAUCAACAAUCACCAGGUUGGGAAGAAUAUGAAUGGGCAGGUCAAAGAAGAGUAAGAGCAACUGCAAUGAUGGAAGGAGGUUAUGGAGGUGCAGGCUUUGCUACUGCAAGUAAAACAGAGGUAGAAGAAGAAGACGACGAAGAUUUAGAUGUAGAAGAUGAUGACGUUGCUCAGUUUGGUCAAAGUCAGUAUACCGAAAGAGACAUUGUAGUUAAUACAGACGAUGAAGAUGCUUCUGCUUUACGAGAAAUGGUGUCAGGAGGUGUUGCAACAUCACGCGAAAGGCAAGGAUUUGAAGAAACAGUGUCUGUUGCAGGUUGGAAUCGACAUUUACAAAAAGAAGAACAACACGAUAAAUAUUACAUCAAAAAGAGUAGUACAGAUAGUCAUCAUUCAUCGCUAGUCAUUGAAUCACUUAAAACACGUAUUCAUGAAUUAGAAAGAGCAUCUACUUCAAAUAAUUGUCUAAUUUGUCUUGAACCUUACAAGACACCGCUAACAUCUAUUGUUUGUUGGCAUGUUCACUGUGAACAAUGCUGGUUACGAACACUUGGUACUAAGAAACUAUGUCCUCAAUGUCAAAAAAUCACUACGCCUGCUGAUUUAAGGCGUAUUUACCUUUAAUUAACUGUAUAUAUUUUUCAUCAUUAUUACAUAAUAAUAUCUUCCUGUACAGAUGAUACAAAACAAAAUAAACCAUGUAUAAUUUUUU